UUGCGAGCUGAUGUCCAAUUUAAUAUAUAUGACAAGCUAGCAGCCAGUUAAAUUUGUAUAUUUUAUGUUUCAGUUUGAAUAUGAUCGGUUUGCAUAUUAUAUCUUUGUGAAAAGUGUAAUAACAACGGGAGAACGACUUUUACUGGACUAGGUUUCAUUCUAUUAUGUAUAGACAGUCGCCUUUGCCAGGAAGAACUUAAUUGAACUUUUGAAUCUCGAGCUUUCAAGGAACUAUAAAUAUUGUAGCGAUCAUACUUUUACUGUUUGUUUGUUGACUUUUAAAACAUUUUUUUACAUUUUUUUCAACUGUGUUUGUUUACAGCAGAAUUUAGAAAUCAUGGAAAAUGUAGGCAAGGGACGGACAGUAUUGUACUUCCCCUCAAACACAGUGUAAAUGGAAAGGCAUUAUCUAAAUAUGGAAACACUUAACACGUGUAAUCACUGACGGAUAUUAGUUCGUGGUAUAAUGGAUGUUAAGUGGGAAUUGUUAGAUUAGAACAAGCAAUGAAACAGGAAGAACACACACAUGAACUCCUGUGGUAAUAACCAGCCUUGACAGUAACCAUAGUCAGCACACCAGCUUCCAGUCUGAAAUGGAUACACAUACCGAUGAACUAUAGUGGUGAACUUUUUUUAAAGCUGAUGGAGGAAAAGCCAUUACGACCAGCAUCACAACUACUGCAGUCUGUGCUCAUUUUGGGAGGUGCAGCCUUUUUUCUGUGUAAUGCUCAAGCACAUGAUUUUCAAAGACCAAAGCGCCUGGUUCUCAUUCAUGGGAUUUUGAAUGGACCAAAGGAAUUUAACCAUCUUCUUGACUUCAUCAAACAGGACUUUCCAUUGAUGAAUGCAACUGCUUUGGAUGGCUUUAAUUAUGCAAACAGUGUCUUCCCAUUGUGGGAACAGGUAGACUAUUUCAGCAAAAUGCUGGAAAGUAUAAUGAACCAGACAUCAGACAGUAUUAUUCUUCUCUGUUUUUCACAAGGUGGUUUGAUUUGUCGUGGUGUUCUCUCAGUUUUACCUCAUAAUGUUGAAACUUUCAUCGCACUCAGCUGCCCACUGGCUGGACAGUAUGGAGAUACUAACUACCUGAAGUAUUUCUUCCCCCAACUAUUAAAGCACGACCUUUACAAGUUUUUUUACACUUAUAAAGGACAAACCUGGUCUUUUGGGAAUUACUGGAAUGAUCCUCAUCAUCAUGAGCGGUAUAUGAACUACUCAGACUACCUUGCUGUUCUGAACAAUGAAACUGCCAAUCCAAAAAGUGGAGACUUCAAGGAGAACUUUCUUCGCCUAAAGAGGUUAGUCCUCAUUGGAGGUCCUGAUGAUGGUGUCAUUACUCCAUGGCAGUCCAGCCACUUUGGGUUCUAUGACCAGAACGAGGCCGUUUUGGACAUGACGCAACAGACGUGGUACAAGGAUGAUAGUUUUGGACUACACACUUUGAACAAAAGAGGCAGCUUACACUUCUGUACCGUACCUGGAGUAAAACACACACAUUGGCACAGGAAUAUGACAGUUUACGAGAAAUGCAUCAAACCAUGGCUGGACUGAAAUAUAGGAAAGCUAAGAACAUUUAAUGAAGAAAAAUAUUUCUGCAAGAAUGUUCGUUCCUGUUUCUCAUUUCAUUCAUGACUAAAACAAUUUAAGACAGUGUUGUAAAGAGCUUAUUGAAUCUGUUAUAUUGUUAUUAAUUGCAGAGGAAGCAUUUAUAUAUGUUGGUAAAUUUCAGUUCAGCAAUGCUCAACAGAAAGUAUGUCGAAACAAUCCUUUGGUUUACCAACUUAACUAAAAUAACCCUCAAGUAUAAACAGCGAGUCUUGUACCAUCAUUAAGAAGAGUCCUUUGCUGUCCAAAAUGAGAGCAAUUUUUAAAAAUCAUUAUCUCUGUCUGUAGCAUGGUAAGAAUCAGGGAUUAUAUUGGGAAUUGACUUUGUUGUAAAAUGGAAAGUUUUUGCUUUCUGUUAACUUUACUUUUUAAACAUUAUAAAGGACUUUAACAUUUAAAUGCCAUUUCAACAUCUGUUGUUGAAAAAUGGGUAAUUCUCAGUAUCAACAUUUUGUAAUGUUUGUUACAAUGUUUUGACUUAAGAUGAUGCUUUCUUUCUUGUCAACUGCAAAUUAUUUUUUUUAUUUUGCCAUCACAAAUUUGUAACCUUGUCAGUUUCUGUGAAGUGAAGAGCAUGGCAACCACAUAAGGCUAUGUUUGAUCAAAGAAUAAAUGUUUAAGUUUUUGUUAGUAAUGUAGUUAGAUCUGAUGUCAGAAACCUUUUUAUGAAAAGGUGAAUAUUUUUGGAAGAUAUACUUGUAUCUAUUUAUAACAUUCCAAAAAGAAUUUUUUUCUGACUGAGUAAAAAAAUAAUUUUUUUUGCAUUUUGUGUUUAGGUAUAAUCAUCUUAGGUACUCAUCAUCUUGUUUUUUUGUUUGUUAUAUCAUGGGAAUGAUUAUACAAUGCAACAUCAAGAGCACACAAUACUGUUGACAUGAUUGUGAGGAGAGUCAGGGUAGUGUUUCUUACUAUUCUAAAGCACCACGAUAACAUUGUGUACAAAAAGAGCCAAAAUAAAUUAUUUGGCAGCCUGUUGACAAUCUUUAAGUAUCUGUAAAGGAAACAUUUCCCAAGAUUUGGCUCAAUAUUUUCAUUUGAGCAUAGAAGUGUAGUGGAAUUAACGUUGAUUCUUUAUUCUCGUCACCUUCAAUUAUAAUUAUGAUGUGAAGUGAGCUCAAUGAUGGCAAUCAACUAUCAACUGAAACAGACCAUGUUUGUGUGUGUGUUUUAAAUUACUUUAUUUAAUAUGUGGCAAAAUACAAAAUCAUAAGAAAGUAGAACUACAUUUUAAACCUUUUAUUAAGGUGACAACAACUGUGGUUGAAAAUGUAGCAGCUUAACUAUGACACAAUAGGAAUAAAGCAGUCACUUUAAUAAAUUCUAAUGAGUGACAGAAGACCUUUUUUUAAUAGAAAAAAAAAAGAACAAGUAUUAGUUCUGUAAGAGAUUGCGGAGGGAAGUUAUAUACAGCCAAGACUAUCAAAGUACAUUUCAAGGUACAUCUGCAUUGUAAAUUGAUCAAAAAAAUGGUGGCACUUGCCAAUUUUAUUAAUCAUAAAUAGCAAAACGAGGUUUUUUUUUUGCGCUCAUAGGUUCUGUCAUGAACUUUGUAUCCAUGUUAUGAAAUUAAAGUCUGCAAUUAUUGUUGUAUAUGGACCAUUAUAUUAAAUUUUUAUCCUCAGUUUUUGUUUUACAGAAUGUUUACAAUACUUUUUACCAUAUAAUAUUUUGACUUGUACCUUUUGCCUCUCAUAUAUUUUUGUAACUUGGGCACUGUGUUAUUUGCCACAUUAGUGUUCUUGGUUAAUUGCGAGGAACAUAUUUUGGUGAUCAGUGUGGUUGGCCAUGUUUUACUACUGCCAACUGAAUUUUACAUAUGCUGUUUUGGGGUAAAUUGCAAACUUUGUACAUAUAUUUUGUAAUGUGAUGUAUUUCAAAGGUUUUAAUGGAGUUUGCCAACUAUACUGUCUUGUAAAUCUUGAACAUUGACAUCCACAUUGUAAAGUGGUCAAUGGUGGCCUUUGCUAAGUUUGUUUUAUUGUAAAAUGAGUACCAUUGAUGUUUGAAAAAAGCUGUCUAAGAUGGUACUCUAAAUGUUUUGAUUUCAAUUUCUUUUUUUUAUAAAUUUUUAAUUGUAACUGAGGUGGAGGCAAAUGCUAGAUGGUGCUGCAAGCAUUGAGAAGACAAAGCCACACAUUUUUACUUUGGGUAGCAUCGCAUCUCGCUACAGCCGGUCAAAGCUGACUGCUCCCAGAUUUCAUGCUUCUCCCAUUUAUCUGUUUGUGUGUUUGUCAUGUGCGUGGUCAUAUGACAUAUGACAUAUCCAUACCUCUUGUCAUUGUAGAGAAACGCGAUGUUCUAUCAGCAUCAACACUGCCUUUCACAGAUCUUUUUUCUACAGAAUGUCAAUAUGUAGACACUUGAUCAUUUGAAUAUUGACAUAACUAUAAUUGAUUUGGGUUGGACUCUAAAAGUUGAUCAAGUGGAAACUUUAAAGGUCUUAAUGAGAGUGAAUAGUGUAUUUGUGUUGAAUGAAUUAAUUUCUAAGUAGUAUGUAGGAAGAUUGCUAUGCAUUUCAAAUGUUGUCAAGACAGUAGUAAGUAGUAAGAGAUGUUACACAAUGUGCAAAAUAAUAACAUCAUAUAUAGCAAACAUAACAGGUUGGUGCUACAGAAAUGCUUGAGAUAUGAAUGUACACACAAUAAUAAAUAAUAAUAAAUACACAAGUAUGCAGGGUAAGGUAAGUUAUUGGUGACAGAAUCUAAGUACCCUGUGUUAAAAGGUCUUGACGAAAAUGAAAAAUAGUUCUAACA